UUGUGCCUGUCUUGAUUACUUGAUAUGCAGGUGAUACUUGCAUGGCUGGAGGUUCCUUUAAUUCAACCCCUGUGUUGGAAUCUCCCGUUAAGUCUCAUGUGCUUGAAAAUAUACAUCACGGUGCCGAUUUCGAGAAUUCUUCUUGUGCUUCUCCAACUGUUAUCGAGGCCACCAGUCCUCCUCAAAGCGAAACCCACGAGGAUGCAGUUAAAGUACCUAGUGGUCAGAAUCCUCCAGUUCCAAAGGUCAUUGACUCUCAGGAAACAAAAGGAAGUGAUACCUCUGAUGGUGACAAGAGUUUCAGUUUCGAGGUCACUCCUUUGGCAGAUAUGUCUGAAAAAGAGUCUGGCAAGAGUUGGCAACCAUUUGCCGCUGUACAGGCGGCGAUAACAUCUGUGAUUGUGGGACCCUCCCCUUCAACUUCUGGCUUAGAGAAAGCAGAUGCCAAGAUCUCUCAAGAUGUAUCUCAUGGAGGUCUCCAGGUGUCUAAUAGGGAGGUAACACGUAGUGGUUCUAAAGGAACUCCUGAGAGGAAAACAAGGCGACCUUCUGGUAAGGGCAAAGAAAGUACUAAGAAAGGAAAUGCUGGGAAAGAGACUCCUCUGAGGCAAUUACAAAGCGGGGAAAGAACCAGUAAUGUGUCUGUGAGCUCAUCUGGCAUUGUCCAGCUUGUGCAAUCUAAUGAGAUGCAGCACCAUGGGCAUAGUGAGGCAAGCAGCAUCAAACCGUUUGGAGUUCUUACUACCUCAGCGUCUAGUCUGCCAGAUUUGAAUACAUCGGUUUCUUCAACUAUUAUAUUUCAACAACCUUUCACAGACUUACAGCAAGUGCAAUUGCGUGCUCAGAUUUUCGUUUAUGGGGCUUUGAUACAAGGGACAGUACCUGACGAGGCAUAUAUGAUAUCAGCAUUUGGUGGUCCUGAUGGUGGCAAGAGCAUGUGGGAGAAUGCAUGGCGCACAUGUAUUGAGAGGCUUCAUAAUCAAAAAUCACAUUCAGUUAAUCCAGAAACUCCUCUACAACCCCGUUCAGGUGGUAGACUUCCCGAUCAAGCAAUUAAACAAAGUUCAAUUCAAAGUAAGGUUAGCCCUUCUCCUGUUGCUCGAGCCAGUGGGAAGAAUACUCCUGCUGUGAACCCUAUAGCACCCCUUUCCUCACCAAUAUGGAGCAUUUCUACACCUUGUGAUUCCUUGCAAUCUACUGGUCUGCCAAGAGGUGCUUUGACAGAUUACCAGCCAGCACUCUCUGGAUUGCAUCCUCAUCAAACUCCACCUGUUAAAAAUUUUGGACAUGGCAGUUCUUGGUUAUCCCCAGCCUCUUUUCGCAAUCCGUGGGUUGCUCCUCCUCAGACUUCUGCAUUUGAUACUGGUGCUCGUUUCUCUGUUUUACCAAUUACUGAGACAGUUCAGUUAACUCCUGUAAAGGAAGCAUCCAUCUCUCAAUUGUCUGGCAUAAAGCAUGUUUCCCAGGGCCCUCCUGCUCAGACUGGGAGUCCUGUUGCUGUUUUUGCAGGAACUCCUCUGAUUGAAGCGAAGAAGGUGACAGCAGCACCUGGUCAGCACUCUGCUGAUCCAAAGCCGAGGAAAAGAAAAAAGGUUCCAGUUUCUGAUGGACCUGGCCAGAUUGUAUUUAAUUCUCAAUCACAGGCAGAGCCAGCGUCUAUUCCUGCUGUUACAGGUCAUCUGUCUACAUCCGUGUCUAUCGCAACCCCUACUAACAUUGUGUUUAAGGCAUCAUCAGAUAAGUUAAUUGCCUCUUUACCUCUGUCUACCCGUGCUGGUCACAUGAGAAAAGGGGAGUUUGAGGCAGAGCCAAGGACUAUUUUGCCAGAGGAGACCCUUGUUAAACUGAAAGAGGCCAGGGUCCAGGCAGAGGAUGCUGCUGCUCUUGCUGCUUUUGCAGUUGGUCGCAGCCAAGAGCUGUGGACAGAGAUAGGCAAGCAUAAAAAUUCUGGUUUAGAGCCUGAUGCUGAAACCAGAUUAGCUUCUGCAGCAGUUGCAAUAGCAGCAGCUGCUGCUGUUGCAAAGGCUGCGGCUGCUGCCGCCAAUGUAGCGUCCAGUGCUGCUUUACAGGCAAAAGUCAUGGCUGAUGAAGCAUUGUUCUCAAGUGGCAGUGGAAGUUGUGAUCAAAGUAAUGGCAUUUCCUCAUCUAAUAGUGUGAGAAACAUGGGACAAGCUACUCCUGCAUCCAUCUUGAAGGGUGAAGCUGCAACAAACAGUUCUAACUCCGUUAUUGUUGCUGCAAGGGAGGCUGCUAGGAGGAGGGUUGAAGCUGCAACAGCUGCUUCAAAGCGAGCAGAAAAUAUAGAUGCCAUAGUAAAAGCUGCUGAGCUGGCUGCAGAAGCUGUUUCUCAGGCGGGAAGACUUGUUGCCAUGGGUGAUCCUUUGCCAUUGAGUCAACUAGUAGAAGCUGGUGCAGAUGGUUAUUGGAAAGUAUCUCACAUACAUCCUGAGCAGGUUGUCAAGUCAAACCAGUCAAGUAAAGGCCAGAUGAAUAUGUUCAGUGGUGGACAAGGUCCUGAUACUUGGGCCAGGCAUUCUCAAGAAGCUUCUUUAGGCAAGAAAGAUGCACGGGUUAGCAACCAUGGCACACGGGAUAUAUCCAAGGAGUUGGAGGACAAUGUGAAAUUGGUAGAUGGCAUCUCUGGUUCAGUUGCUGAUAGUGGAAAGAACAUAAAGGGACAAAAAGGGUCAAAAACUUUAGAUUUGGCUAAAGCUGUUUCAGUGGUCUCUGAAUCUGAGAUGGGGUUGAAAUCUGCCAGUGCCUCUCAUAUUGAGAAUGAAAAGACAAGAGAAAAUUCUAAAGGGAAUGACAUCAGUGAGGGGUCACACGUAGAGGUUUUUAAGGAUGGACUUGGAUUUAAAACGGCAUGGUAUUCUGCUGAUGUAUUGACUUUGAAGGACGGAAAAGCUUAUGUGUGCUAUGCUGAACUUUCAUCAGAUGAAGGUGUGGAGAAGUUGAAGGAAUGGGUAGCGCUUGAAGGUGAAGGAGAAAAGGCACCAAAAAUAAGACUGUCUCGUCCAAUAACUGCAAUGCCAUUUGAAGGAACAAGGAAGAGACGUAGAGCAACCAUUGGAGAUUAUAAUUGGUCUAUUGGUGAUAGAGUAGAUGCAUGGAUACAAGAUAGCUGGUGGGAAGGAACUAUCACUGAAAAGAGCAAGAAAGAUCAAACUACUUUAACUGUCCAUUUUCCAGCUCAGGGGGAAACAUCUGCGGUUAAGGCUUGGCAUCUUCGCCCUUCUCUCAUAUGGAAGGAUGGUAAAUGGAUUGAGUGGUCAAGCUUGAGAGAGAACAUAAGCUCAUCUCGUGAGGAGGGUGACACUCCAAAUGAAAAGCGCCCAAGGUUGGGAAGUCCUGCAGGUGAGAUCAAAGGAAAGGAUAAGAUUUCAAAGGAUGAUGAUCUUUCAGAAUCUGGAAAACCUCAUGACCCUGCCUUAAUGCAAUUAUCUAUUAGUGAAAAGAAAUUUAAUAUCGGUAAGAGCACUAGAAACGAGAGUAAACCUGAUUCUCUCAGAAUGAGGAGGACUGGUUUGCAGAAGGAAGGAUCAAGAGUGGUUUUUGGUGUUCCUAAGCCUGGAAAAAAGAGAAAAUUUAUGGAGGUGAGCAAGCAUUAUGUGGCAGAUCAGAAUAGUAAAGUCAGUGAACCUAGUGAUUCAGUCAAGUUUACAAAAUAUUUGAUGCCUCAAGGACCGGGAUCACGUGGAUGGAAGAGUACUUCUAAAAGUGAGCCUAAGGAAAAACAUGCCACACUAUCUAAAUCUAAGGUUCUUAAAUCUGGAAAAGUACCUAGUGUAUCAGGUAGAACUAUCCCUCAUAAAGAUGAAUUGCUGGGUGAUGCAGUUGCAUCAGAGGAUGAUUCUGUUUCAGAUCAUACAGUGAAUAUCAAGGAUUCUGCAAGUAAUGUUGAGAGUACAUCAGGAAAGAAUAACCUUUUGGAGUUUCAGUCCUUCUCUAGUGCUGAGGGAGCAGCAGAGGGCCCAAAUAUAUUUUCUUCAGUUGGUGCCUCGUCUGAUGCUCCAUCUAAGAAGAUAUCUGCAUCAAAUAUCAAAUCUGAACGGGCCAGCAAAGGAAAACUUGCUCCUGCUGGCGGAAGGCUGGCUAAGAUUGAGGAGGACAAAAUAUUCACUAGUACUUCUGCGAAAUCUACUCAGGAAGUUAUUGAGCCUCGACGCUCUAACCGCAGAAUUCAGCCAACAUCUAGAUUACUAGAAGGGCUACAAAGCUCGUUGAUCAUCUCAAAAAUCCCAUCAGUAUCACAUGACAGAGGUCAUAAAAGUCAGGGCAGAAGUGCCUCUAGGGGGAGUAAUCAUAGUUGAGAUGACAAUGCCAGGUCCAUGGCAAAUAAGCUCAACAGUUAGUGGAUGAUCAAAUACACACCAGCUUAGCUUCUGUUUAUAAAGUAUAAUAGAAGAAAGCUAUUGCUUCAGUCAGUUUAAUUAUGGUUACUAGUUGGUAGAUGUUCAUAUUGAUUUUUAGUUUCAUAACAGUUAUGAUUUGAUGUCCUUAGGCCUUUACCCUAAUAGGUUGUAUAUGAAAAUUAUCAGCGUAGUUUGGCAUGAAAUUGAAGGUGAAAUUGAAGGCAGCUUUUGCACAGACGAUGAGCCUAAUAUUUUGUUGAUCCAUCUUUUGCUUCAUGAGAAAUUGUACAUUACAAAGCAUUGGGUGUCA